UAUGAAAGCGUCUAGAAUAAAGUCUUUGUCGGAUAGUUCAACGGAUAACAAAGAUUUUAGGGAAAUUCGUAUGGAUGAUAAUCAAUCUACACUAGAAUAUGAAAUGAAAAAAUUUUCGGAUAAUGUUAAAUCAAAGAUGAUCGAUCAGGAAAAACAAUUUAUUGAUCAACAAAAACGAUUCGAUUAUCAGCAAGCUCGCUUUAUCCAUCAGGAAAGAUUAAUUUCUAAUCAAGUUAAGCAACUAGCCAAUCAGAAUUUACUAAAUUUUCUACAAAACGACGUAUUAGACGAUCAGAGAAAAAGAUUUGCUGCUCAGCAAAAGCAAUUCGUUGAGGAUCAGAAACAAUUUGAAGAGGGAAUAAAUCACAGUAAGGAACUGAUUAAACGUUUAGAUGCUAAGUUAUCACACAAAAUCGGAAUAAACACUCCAAAGAUAGUUAGUAACACAGAAAAAAAAGCCUAUAUUAAAAAUUAA